AUGUCCUUGCGCAGGUCCACCAGGCGCCACCAGCACCCCGAUUCCGAACCCGAUUCCCAUUCCUCACCCUCGGCCACAGCCGCUACAUCGUUCUUCGACGCUCCUCGCGACCAAGGAGAAGUAGCUUUGACGGACCCCACUACGACGACGACGGCUACUCGAUCGACAAGGUGAGCCCUUCCCGUCCUAGCAUUAUCGUCAGCACCAGCCGCCCAGCGCACACCCCCCCUCGUCACCGUCGGCGUCAAGCGGUCAGCCGUCACCGGUUCGGCUUCGGUCUGUCCAAGCUCCUGUGUGGCGCCGCAACGGAAGCGUACGGGCAUGGCCGGGGCUCGAGGCCUGCUGUGAGCUUCCAGCGCUUUUUCACUGGCCAAAGUGGAUAUGACCGUGGAUGGUGUUCCAGCCGAGGCGCACACCCCCUACGCGUGUCAUCAUCGAAGGGUCCUACUCAAACCUCACCCAUCGCAUGCCUCAUUGCACUUGACACAACCCAGUUUGCUCCUCAAGGUACAUGCGACUGACAUUGAUAGACCCCACAGGUCUAAACGGUCUGUACAUACCCAGUCGUCAGCUUUGGCGUCAUCUGUCGCUUCCCACAACAGCUCGACCUCGUCCUCGUCCGCACCCACGACCGAGGAGACCCGCAGUACGACCACAGCAACGACCACGUCCCAGGCUUCGACCGUCGACGGCCCCUCCGCCAAAGCUCUUGGAAAACGUCGAGCCGUAUCACCCCCUCUUGCCGUCGAAGCCGAUUCGGCCGCCACUGUCAAGACUCGCGCUCGUAGCUCAAAGAGGCGCAAGGUGAACCGUAGCCGCAGUCCCGCCUCGAAGGACUCUACGAAAGGUAGGGCCGCCAAGAUUUCUUCGACCAAGUCCGAAAAGAAGGCCCUUCGUCGCUCUCGACGCUCGUUGACGAACCCCGCGACUAAAGCCGGAGCCGAAGCGGGUGACAACGAGGAGAUGCCACGCAAGGGAUCGCGCACCCGUCGAGCCGCCAAAGCCAAAGCCCGUGCCGCCGAGAACGACGACGAAGAUUUACUCGGCAGGGACGACGUCGACAUGGCGAUCGAUCAUGAUGAAGAGGAAAGGGAUGAAAGUGUUGCGGGAACCUCGACGUCGCCUUCAUCUUCGAGUCGGAGGAAGAAGGAGGCCAUGAAGGCGAGUACGUCCGUAGGAUCGUCGUCGGGUAAACGAUGGGGUGGGCCGCAGAUGGGUAAACAGGCGAGCGGGACGGGCAAGGCGACCACGUCAAAGGCCGAGCUCUCGCCCAAGACAUCGGUCAAGGGUCUGGGAAAGGGCUCGAUGGGCGCGCAAGAGCCUACGAUCACCGUUGAUCCUGUCGAUCCGCUCGAGGAUGAUCCCCAUGGACAGGAGGUUGAUGAGGAAGACGAUGACGACGACGAUGAUGAUGGCGAGGAGGAUUCUGAAGAUGAUGAUGCAGAAGAGGACGAUGACGACCAAUACGACGACGACGACCUCGAUGAGGAAGAGAUCGAUGACUACGAGACCACGCUCGGUGCCGACGGUAGGGUCUUUGACGAGGAAGGCUACAGUUCGGGAGGCGGGGAAUCGGAACUCCACGACCCACCGCAGACGUUCGAUGCCGAUGGGUCUCCCCUCGACGAAGCUGGAUCGGCGGUCGACCGUGCUGCUGCCGAAGCGGCGGCUGCGACGGCCGAUGCGGUCUUUUUCGGCGGUAUAGGCGGUGCGUUCCGGGCGCAAAUGGCUGAAGCGAGUGCACGGAUGAAGCGCCUCUUGGGCAGUCUCAAGUCCAAGAAAGGCGACGCCGACGCCAAGAUCAUGGCGCUGCAAGAACUCGCGGAGCUGCUCAGCAUCUCGACCGAGGAUACGUUGGCGGGUGGUUAUUUCCAGACGGAGCAAUUUGUUAAGGAGCUCGUUAGCAUCUUGCGUGGGGACUCGAACGGCGGUCGAUCGAGCUCGAGCGGUCUCGGUGCGGGUGGUAUGACGAUGGAAGAGAUGAUCGCGUUCGGAAUCGAGCCGAGCGAAUCGAUGGGAGCUGGUGGCGGUGGUGGCGAUACGACCGAGAACGACGUGCAAAUGAUGCUUCUCGCUUGCCGCUGUCUCGCCAACUUGAUGGAGGCGUUGCCAGGGAGCUCACAUUCGGUCGUCUACGCCGGUGCGGUCCCCGUGCUCUGCUCAAAACUGCAAGAGAUCCAGUACAUCGAGUUGGCCGAGCAAACGUUGAGCACGCUCGAGAAGAUCUCGGAAGAGAUGCCAUCGUCGAUCGUUCGCGAGGGGGGUCUGGCGGCGCUGCUCAAUUUCCUUGACUUCUUCUCGUUUCACGUCCAGCGCACGGCCGUCACCGCCGCAGCAAACUGUUGCCGUUCGGUGUCGCUGGAGUCGUUCUCGAUGGUCAAAGAUGUGAUGCCCAUCUUCAAGCAGACGCUCGGGUACCCUGACCAACGUCUCGUCGAACAAUCGUGCCUCGCCGUCGUGAGGAUCGUCGAGUCGUAUCGCUACUACCCCGAGAAACUUGAGGACUUGCUUUCGGCCGAUCUCUUGUCCGCCGUGCGCGUCUUACUCAACCCGGAUUGCACAACUGUCGGUGCAGGGACGUACACGCAAACGCUCAAGAUGCUCGCUACGGCCGCCAAGGCUAGCCCCGGUGUCGCAGCUACGCUCGUUGACCUCAACCUCGGUCAAACGAUCUACCAUCUUUUGACCGGCGUUGCCGCCCCCGAAUUCACCAACGAUGAAGGCGUCCAAGUCCUCUCCAAGACCAAAGCGGGAGAGGACGAUAUGCUCGUGAUGCAGAACCUUGUACAGCGACCGAAGGAACAGAUCCAAGAAACGCUCACUCUCGUUUGCGAGCUAUUGCCCCCGUUGCCCAAGGACGGUAUCUUUGAUCCCAAGGCGUACACGCAAAAGAACUCGUCGAGGUCCAAGGCGAAGCAGAGGAAUGUGGUGGAACGUGCGGCUUCGUCGUCGAGUUUGGUCGAUGUCAAGAUGGAGGCGAUGGAUGAUGAUACGACGAUGGCCUUCGCGGCUGGUUCCUCUACUUCCGCACCGUCUUCGUCGCGCUUGUCAGCAAGUACGUCUAUGUCGUCGUCGGGCAAACACGCCGUCCCCAAGGACGCCAACACCGUACAACGCCUCGAGAGCAUCGAAGACCCGACCCGCCAAGUCGUCCUUCGGCGCUUCUACGCUUUGCUCCUGCCGAUCCUCGUCGAUGUUUGCGCUGCUAGCGUCAAUCCUCAGGUUCGGACCAAGGCUGUACUGGGGUUGUGCAAGAUUAUUCAUUUCUGUGAUACGGAGAACCUGGCGGAGAUCCUGCAUGUGAGUGGUGGGCAUUCUCGAAGGGGCUGGCCAGGUGUUGCGAUCUGAUGCUGAGCAUGACCUUGAAUUUGUGUCUACAGACCGUCUCGAUGGCCUCGUUCCUCGCUGCGAUCCUCUCGUCGCGCGAUCAGACACCUUUGCGCUUACUGGCCCUGCAGCUCGUCGACUUGUUGCUCGUCAAGAUGCCAGACGCGUACCAGUACUUUUUCCGGCGCGAAGGUGUCAUGCACGAGCUCGAACAGAUCGCCGCUUCGCCCAUCCUUGUACCGCCAAAGUCGAAACAUGCCUCACCGGCACGUACCCCCAAGGAGGAACCUGGUGUCAGUUCAUCGAGUAAUGCUCCUUCGGGUCUAUGGCGCGCGUUGGCCCAGCACGCUUCCUCGUCCAGCGCUGCGUCGACGACCACGGCUGGAACGACACCUACCAGUCUGCUUUCGACGGCGGAGAUGCAAGGACAAGAUCUGAUCACUUACCGAGCUCGGCACCUGCGAAAUGAGUAUGGCAGCACCGAGUCUGAAUCCGCCGUGCGAGCUCAACAGGCGCUGGAGAACUUGAGGUUGCUCGUCAAAGAACUGGAUGCAUUCACCGCCUCCUCGUCUUCGGGAUCGCCACCACGCGCGUCGCCCAGGUCGGUGUCGAAGCAUGAGGCGGAAAUCACUCGCGUCUUGUCCCGCGUCGCAAGUCAUUUCGUCGAUGAACUCACGGCGCUAUCGAGUUUCGAACUACAAGAAAGCGGCCUCGUCGAAGGUUUACUCCGCUUUGCCACCGCUGAAACAGGUCUCGUGGACAAGCGUCGUCGACACGACUUGUUCGUCGAUGCGUUCGUCAGGUCCGAUGUCGAGACACCGGCUUUUGCGUUGCUUGUUAAGCGCUUGCAAGAGACUUUGAGUCGGAUGGAAGAGUUUGAGGUCCUUUUGGCGAGUUCGAAUGCGACAGAUGGUGAGUGUGAGCAUACCGUUUCGUGGGAACUGUCGCAUCGUGCUCUCGUGCUGAUCUUGGGUGACCUACGCACAGCCGAAUCGCGUCGCAACGGUCCUGCUAUGCUGGCGCGGCAACUCAAGCUCCGCCUCGUCGCCGAAGAUGGCUCGGACGUGCCAAGAUCAUGCAGCAACAUCGUCGUCUCGAUUCACGCGAUCGCGACCUUCCAAGCCUUCAACGACUACUUGCGGCCUCGCAUCGUCGCUGCAACGACACUCUCGGAUCGACUUGGUCUCGCUAACGCCAGCACCAGUGCACCAGCUUCUGGAGCGGGUACGGGGAAUGGCGCGAAUAGGCUCAGUGGCUUCCUUGCGGCUUUCGCUGCUGCAAAUGGAAUCUCUCCGCCUUCUUCUCCUGUCCCGGCUGCUUCGACGUCGCAGUCCACCAGUGCGAUGGCCAGCGGGUCAGCGAACCGGCUCUCAUCCAGUCUUGGCAACAACGCUUCAGCUUCGACUUCGACGAACAAUCCUCUCGCGGGGUCGGCGAACGCCGUCUCUACGCCCAAGUCCAAGGCUACGGCACCGCCGAUCGGACAUCGUCGAAGUCGAAGGUUGAGCGGUAAGGGUGUCGACACGAGCGAGGCUGCGGCUGGCGAAGCGGCUGAUCAAGAGAUGCGCGAUGCGUCCAAGGACGAUGAGUUGUGCAUCGACAACCCGUCUGCGGAGGGUGCAGAGGAACAUACGGAAGAGGAGAAAGAGACUGACCACGAUGAUGAUGAGAAUGAGGAGGACGAUGAAGAUGAUAACGAGGAUGAGCAAGGAGCCUUCCCCGACGAGCUCGACCCCGUUGCUGCCCCACGCGACGAACGACCGGUCAAUCUAGAAGUCGCCGACGAUGGGUCCAAGGUAAUUGCCAAGACGCCAGACGGUACGCGGGUGGCCACCCCGACGCUGGGCAACUCGGCUAGCACACCCCGGGCGACCCCGACGACAUCGCAGGCUCCCAAGCCCCGUGCCUCGUACGCCGCCGCCGUCAAGUCCGAACCGACCGAUUUCCACCUCGCCUUCUCCGUCGGUGGUCGCGAUGUUGGCCACGAUACGACCAUCUUUGGUGCGAUCCAUGCGAUCGAGGUUGCCAACUCGGGUACAGCAUCGUCCGAAGUGCCCCGCAACCUGUGGCACGCGAUCCAUGAGGUGCGCUUCCGCCGCGUUGCUGGCCCACCUCGCCCCGAAGCGGCGCUGCAGUCGCUGGCUCAGCAAUCCUUCACCCACGAUUCGAUCAUGACGGACAUGCCCGCGUCAGUCCCGAGGCAGAGUCGACAGGCCAAGAUCCUGCAGUUGCUCUGGGUCUUGCACCAGCUCAACUCGGACUGCUUCGAGACGGUCGAGGACGGUCGGUCGGCGUUACCCGAAGUGGCUUUCGUCAACAACAAGCUCACGGCCAAGCUCAAUCGACAACUUGAGGAACCAAUGAUCGUCGCUUCGGCUUGUCUUCCGGCCUGGGCAACGGAUCUGCCGCAGGCGUUCCCGUUCUUGUUCCCUUUCGACACACGCUUCGUCUUUCUCCAAUCGACGGCGUUCGGCUAUGCUCGACUGGUACAGAAAUGGGUCGUCCAAGCUCGUUCCGAAUCAUCGAGAAGGGACGAGAAUCUCGGUUUACUCGCUCGCGUCAAUCGACAAAAAGUACGCAUCGCGCGUGAUCGUGUCUUGGAAUCGACGCACAAGGUCUUUGAGCUAUACGGCUCCUCGCGCGCCGCUCUUGAAGUCGAGUUCUUUGAUGAAGUCGGUAGCGGUUUAGGUCCGACACUCGAAUUUUACGCCCUUGCUUCAAAGGAGUUCGCGCGCAAGAAUCUGCGUCUCUGGCGCGACAAUGACGGUCAUGACGAUGCGAGCUCGACCUACGUCCACAGCCCGACGGGUCUGUUCCCUCGUCCGAUUAAGGACACCAUUUCGGAUUCGAACGCCAAGGUGUUGAAGCAUUUCCGCGUGUUGGGUCAAUUCGUUGCCAAGGCCAUGAUGGAUUCGCGUAUCAUCGACGUGCAUUUCAGUCGGUCGUUCAUGAAGCUGGUGCUCGAUCAGGAGUUGCCGCUGGCGAUUGCGAGUGUCAGGGUGAGUGAUUGGGGCCUCGAAAAAGCCUUCAUUGUGCAGUGUGCUGAUGUAUUUCACUUCCCAUUCGCUCGGGUUUUGCAGUCCAUCGACCGGGGUCUCGCCAAAUCACUCUCGAUCCUGCAAGACUUUGUCGACGCGAGACGAGCGAUCCUCGACGACGACACCAAGUCCGAGGUUGAGCAACAAUCCGCGAUCGAAGCGAUUACCGUACAUGGUAGCUCGAUCGUCGAUCUCGCACUCGACUUUACGUUGCCUGGCUACGACAUUGCUCUCAAGCCCGAAGGGGACUCGAUCUCGGUUACGGCCGACAACGUCGAGGAGUACAUCUCUCUCGUACUGGAAUGGACGCUCCGCCGCGGAGUUGCCUCCCAAGUCUCGGAAUUUCAAACCGGUUUCUCCGCCGUCUUCCCCGUCCGAGAUAUGCAAUCUUUCACACCUAGCGAACUGGUGAUGAUGACCAGCGCCUUGCAAGAGGAUUGGUCGAUCGAGGGCUUGACGAGCGCGACCAAGGCCGAUCAUGGGUUCACGAUGGACAGUCGACCUGUGAGGGAUUUGUUAUCGGUCAUGUCGGAGUUGUCGUUGGAGGAUAGGAGGGUGUUUUUGUCGUUCAUUACUGGGUCGUGAGUCUUCUCUAGUCGCCUUUGUUUUGGCUCACGCGAUAAUGGACUGACCCCUGCCAUCCUACUUCACAGACCUCGUCUACCCAUUGGAGGCUUCGCCGCCUUGUCCCCAACCUUGACAAUUGUCCGCAAAGACGGCGGUGACCCCUCCUUACCCAGUGUCAUGACCUGCGUCAACUACUUCAAGUUGCCCGACUACACCUCGCGCCAGAUCGUCAAGGAGAGGAUCAUGACCGCCAUUCGAGAGGGUGGGGGAGGGUUCCACCUCUCGUGA